AUGAGGCAACCAACAUCUUCGGAUCCCAGUCCGCACCAACGACACGGGUCGACAAAGUCUCGCGGGGGUUGCCUCACCUGCAAGGCCCGGCGUGUGAAAUGUGACGAGACUCAACCGCAAUGCCACCGUUGCCGCAAAGCUCGACUGACCUGCAAGGGAUACAGUGAACCCGCGCCCAAGGUGGCUGCUGCGGGCUUCGUUCACUAUGUCGUCGACGUCGACAACAGCCUCAACCACCUACCCGACAUCGAUCAGCGCGAGAGAAGGGCAUUGGUGGUAUUCCACCAGUCCAUCGGCCCUGAACUUGCGCGAUCCUUUGCUUGGGCGCUAUGGGCUCGGGACAUUCCACUGGUUGCUGUGCAUCACGAUGCGACGCGCCACGCGGUCAUUGCCCUGAGCACUGUGUACGAGCAGUACUUCCUUGCUCUGCACCAAGCGCAUGCCGGCAUCUCGGUCUUUGCACUGGAGCAGUACAGCAAGGCUUUGUGCGGCACGAUGAAAUUGACUCUCAGGCACAGCGCCGAGACCGUGGAGGUCGCCUUGCUCAACUGUCUGCUGUUCGCCGCCAUUGAGAAUCUCCAGGGACACUAUCGGUCUGCCAUGACCCACAUGGACAGCGGCCUCGGCAUCCUGGCCGAGUACUACGAUGCAAAGACCGAUACCUAUCCCGAGGUUUACGUACCGAGGGUACACUUCCGGCAGGCUUUCGUCCGCAUUGAGAGUCAAAGGCUCGAGAUGGGAGACAUGGGAUAUGGCCAAGCUGCACCUCACCUGGUCAAGUGUGUCCGGCGCAUUCCGGCAGCGUUUCAGUCGUUGACGCAGGCGACCCUGGCGAUGAACGUUCUCGUCAACAGAACACUCCUGUUCAUGCAGGACAUUGAGGCAAGUAGCAUCUACCUGUCAGACGGAGAAUGGCGGGUGGCCUUGGUGUUGCAGAGGCGCCGUGAGCUGCUGUCGCGCUUCGAGGCCUGGUGUCACGCCUUGAACAACAUGCAGCCGGAUAACACCAACAACGUCGGCAGCCUGGCGUUGCUCGAGUUCUACCGCACCUACCUCGGCAUUCUGCUCCGCGUGGACCUGCGGGGCGGCCAGGUCGGCUUCGAGGCCUUGGAGAAAGAGUUCCAGGAUAUGGUCAUCCUGGCCUCGCUCUUCAUCAGCAGCGUCAGCACGAUCCUGCCCGGCUACAAGCCUCCGCAAAAGCGAAUCGAGGUCACCGUACAUUCGUACGAAGGCGUUGAGCAUGUCCCAGAGCCUCGACAAUGUCCGGGCGCAUGGCUGGGGAUUUCCCCGGAUUCAACACCGGUCGCUGGGUGCGACUGGGCGGCCACUCUGCCUGAGCCACGACUAAAGCGGCCUGCAACGCCGUUGCUUCCGAGGCCGGGCGACUUCUACAAGCCGUCGUAUUCGGUGGGCUUGUCAAUCAUCGAGCCCUUGCUCACGGUUUGUAUCCGAUGCAGAAACCCUCGCAUCAGGCAGCAAGCGUUGCAACUACUGAAGAUGUGCAAUCGCAAAGAAGGGAUUUGGGACUCACUGAUCACGGCCACGGUGGCUGAGCGUAUGAUUGAGCUGGAGGACAGCCAAGGUGCCGACGCGCACAGCGAUGGCGGUACUACACGGUUCCUCAUCGCCAACAUGCAAGCUUUUUAUGUCGAUUCAGGCCGCGCGGUCGUCUAUUAUGCCAAAGAGUACAUUGCUGAUAGCGCCGCGCUUUCGCAGGAAGAGCCACGGUAUCAGCCGUACGUUCAGGAGAGAUGGGCCUUCUGA